AUGGACUUCAUCAAUAGAAACACAGUAUCUGACGAUUUUUACCAAAAUGAGUUAACUUCAAACAUUGCAACAAGAUUUUCUUAUUUUCAAACACAUUUCGUAACUAUUGACAGCAACAUUUCUGAAUUAAAUUUAGAAAAUAAUGAUGAAAUUUUAGACGAAGUAGAAGCGGAGAAUAGUGAAUUUUUAGUUAUUACAGAAACUCAAUUACAAAAAUAUCAACAACUUUUUAAAAAAACUGAAAUUAUUGAAGGUGAUAACUUAGGUUAUCUUAUCAGUAGUUUAGGAUCACAACAUGUAACAGUAAAAGGUAAUAAAAGGGUUAAGGCAGUUUGUGAUUAUUCUUUUGAUGCAAAAGAAAUUUGUUUGAAAGCUUUUAAAUUUGUUUAUGGGAUCAGAACUACAAGAUGGGAAAAUAUACGAACCCAUUUCUCUGUUAAAGACAUCAAAGCUAGGGUUCAUAAAGCUAUUGAAAAGCCUAGAAAAGUAGAGAUAAGCAAUUCUAUUAAUAAAGAAACAAAUUUUAUUGAAAUUUGGAGAAAAGAUCUGAAAAAAGGUGCCAAACCAAGUCCAGCAACUACUUCACUUCCUGGUUUAAAUGCAGCUCGGCAAUGGUAUCUAUUUGAUGAAGUACGAAAGCACAUUCAAGUCAGAGAAAAACAAGAUUGCCUUUGCCCUGAACCAGUAAUUCCAAGACCACCAAAAAGCACAAAAAAAAAUUAA